GCCCUCGCGGUGCCAAUGCAGCAGAGGCGGCACGGCCACGUGCAGCAGCAGCAGCAGCAGCAGCAGAGUGUUGCAUACUUGUGGGCGUCCAGAGUGCAACAACAUCCUCCUCCCCAGCAGAGGAGAGGGGAGCAGCAGCUGCAGCAGCAGAAGGAGGAGAGCGGCAACAAGUGUCGGACAUGCCCCCCUUCGACAGGGCAUUCGACAUUGAAGAAUCCGUUUCCGUAUCCAUUCGAACCGAAUGCUGGAAGAGGCGCCGCCGAAAGUCUUGUAAAUAGUAGUGUUGGAGAGCGAGUGUUGGAGAAUGUUCAAGUUUUUUACAGUGUAAAUAGUGCAAAUAAUAAUACGCGUAAGUUAAAUUUAAUUCUGGGCAAACUCUUGCCCCAAACGAAGGAGAAGGAGAAGGAGAAGCAGAAGAAGGAGCAGCAGGAGGAGGUGGAACAUCUUGUUGUUGGCACAAAUUUGCAAAAUAAAUUACCAGCAUCGAGUGCGGAUUGCCACUUAAGUCCCCAUACGCGUACUCGUACUCGUACUCGUAGUUGUGCCCCUUGUGCCCCCUGUGCCACAGCCAUAGUCCAUUCUCCUCCCUUGGCCUGUUCCUGGCUUCAUCAUCAUCAUCAUCAUCAUCAUCUGCAGCACCAACAGCAUCUGCAUUUGCAUCAUCGUUGUCGUUGUUGUCUCUGUCGCUGUUGCCGUUGUCGUCGCGACGCGUUGCACUCGACUGGCGGUGGUGUCGCCUCCGCGUCUGUGUCCCGCGUAUCGCCCGCGUCGUCUAUGCUCUUGCCAUAUCAAAUUAAUCAACGUGCUACAUUGUUGCAGCAGCAACAGCAACAGCAACAGCAACAGAAAGCAGCAUCAUCAACAACAUUGCCAUCACAUGUGCCCGGGCCUGGGGCAGCAACAUCUCCUCUGCAGCAGCAGCAGCAGCAGCAGCAUCGUAUUUUUAAACGUGAUACAAUCCAAACAGCGACCACUGCAUCACCUUUGACACCGCAGAAAGAGCAACAGCCACAGCAACAUCAGCGGCAACGUCUGCUUGCAACUGCCACCUCCAGCACAACCACCGCUGCCACAUCUCGGCUCGAGUUCAUACUUUACACAGAAGUUUAUGAAGAGGAUUCGAUCGCCAUUGCCCCAGGCAAUUCCGAUUCAGAUUCCAAUUCUGAUUCCAAUUUCAAUUCAAAGUCGAAGCAGGAGGAGGAGCAGGAGCAGCAGCAGCUGUUGGACAGCGAUACCUUUUGGCAGAAAUACGGUAGCUUGUUGCUAAUCGCCAUUAGUUUAUCCGUGUGCUUAGCCUGUGGCAGUGUGUUGGUGGCCGCGAUUGCCCUACGCUCUGCCCCAGCAACAACAAGAGCAGCAGCAGCAGCAGCAGCAGCAGCAGCAGCGACGCGCAGGAUACGGCACAAACGUCGCUCGUCGCAACGACGGCGCAGCAACAACAACGCGGUGCUGUCAACGGGGAUUGGACUGGUAACGGGUAACGAGGCUAUCUCUGCUCUGGCCCUACCACUCGCCUCCGUCUCCGCCGCCACCACCUCCAGCUGCACCGCCUCCUCCUACAUCACAUCGGGCUCCGCGGCAGCGGAUCAGACAGUAGCAGGCGCCGCAGCAGCAGCAGCAGCAGAGACAACAGCAGCAGCAACAACAACACUUUUGCCAACCGAGCCGGAACAUUCUGUACCCAUGCUAUCGGUACAGACGGCCGGCUGCGCGGGAAUGGAGCGGCUCGGCGUUCCGACCCGCACAUCAUUGAGCACACCACCCGACGAUAGGGAUCAGUUUAGAUGUAGAAUGCGCGUAGAUGCGCACCAGGCACGUGAGCUCUUGGCUGUACGUGGCGAUUCUGUGAUUCGUAGCAAUCAGCAGCAGCAGCAGCAGCAAUCAUCACUCCAUCUUCAUCAUCACAAUAAUAAGCAACAACAUUCCCACCAUCAGCAUCAGCAACGUAUGACAACUCCAGCGACGACGCACAGCUCCAGCGGAGGAGGAAGCACCCACAGUGGCAGUGGCAGUGGCAGUACAGGGCUCAACAACAACAGCAACAACAACAAUAGUAUUAGUAGUAAUGUGGCACGAGGCGGCAUCGAGGCCACCACACUCAAGUAUGGCAACACGGGGAGUGGGAGUGGGAGUGGGAGCGGGAGCGGGAAUGGCAGUGGCAGUGGAAGCACCAAAGGCGAGAGCUCAUCCUCAAUGUCUUCGUGUGGCUCCUCGCUGCAGAGCCACAGCAAUGACCACCAUCAACAUUACCAAUAUCAGCAGCAGCAGCAGACGCCGCGCUGUCCCCACCAUGUACCACUGCCGGACAGCGAGUACGGGCAGGAUCGUCAUCUGCAGAUCAGAAGUAGCUACCAGCAAUCGGAGAUCACCAGAUCGUACACCAAGCCGCCGCCCAACAAGACCGUGAGGGAUGUGCCCGAGCAAAUUUCGGCAGGCUGUGGCAGCUCCAGCUAUCGCCUGACCACGCUGCAGGCUGCCGCCACGGGGGGCAUCAUCAGCGGCUCGUCCACAUACACCGCCUCCUCGUCCUCGGCCUCCACCAAGUCCAAGCCGAACGCCAUAACAAAGUUCUUCUCACGCAUCAGUUCUCCAAAGUCACCGCCGGCGGGGGGCAGCUGCGCGAGCCAGCCCCCAUCACUAGCCUCCUCCGCCUCGAUGUCGUCCUCGGCCUCCUCGCUGGCCUCCUCGUCCUGUGUGUCCACCUCAUCGUCCGCCUCCUCGCUGGCCGCUGCUCCGCUGCCCACGCUGCCCAUCUCCAAUGCGGCCACGCUGAAGAGCACGGCCUGCGGCUACGGCACGAAUCCGAGUGCGGGGACAGGGCCAGCAGCUGCCAGCAGUCACCACAUCUACGCGGGCACGCCCGCAGCGACAGGCACGGGGAGCUGCACACCCGAAAGGAUACCCACGCCGCCGCUCUCCGUCUGCGUGCCUAUCGGGUCGGGGCUGCAGCUUCUAAAGAGCAGCAGCUUCAAUCUUCCUCUGCCCGUCGAGGCAGCAGCAGCAGCAGCAGCAGGAGCAGUGGCAGAGGGAGUCGGUUUGGUCGAGUCCCUCCUCCCCGCCACAAUGAGCCGCAAUAAUUCCAACUCUAGCAUGAUGAGCUGCCAUUGCAGCUGCAAUAGCAGGAAUUGCAGCCACUGUGGGGCCAACUCAUAACUGAGCUCGUGUUAAGUUAAUUCUUAGUUACACAAUAUUAAAUCUAUAAAUAAUAUAUAAAUAUAAAUGAUAAUAACACAAGAUACGAGUAUAGCUGCACACACACUCAGCUGUAGACACAUUAUUAUUAAUUAUUAACAAUUAAUUGUACUACAUAUGGAAUAUGCAUAAUAUGGAAUAUAUAUUUUUUUUAUGUUAGCUUAUUAUUAUGUUAAAGUUUAAACGGAUCAGAUUUAUUUUGUGUAGGUCUGUCGCCAACGUUGCGCUGGUACGAAAAGACUGUUUAUUAGUCAGAAUUUAAUUUGUAAAUUUCGAUAGCGAAGUAGAAGGAGAAGAAGGAGGAGGAAUGGAAGGAGCAGGAGAAGGAGCAGGAGAGAUGCGACCAGAGAUAGACAAGUAGAGAAUCCGCUGCGCUGCCGCUAUGCAUCACUCGCAGAAACGGAAACAUAAACUGAACACAGACAAACCAUAAACUUAAUUAUUAGUUAUUUUAAAAUCAUUUCCAUUUGUCGCCGCUAAAUGAAAAAGAAACUUGAAAGAGACACAAACCAUGCCACAUACCCCACAAUAGAGAGAAGAGCAGAGAGGAGAGAAAAUAAUAACAAACAAAUUAUAUAAGUGAAAAUAUGUAAUUGUAAUUUUAUGAUCAAUAUGGUAAUACACUUUAGUUUGAAUAACUCUAGUUUUUAGUGAGAAGCCAACCAACUCUUAAUUUACUCUAUCCAGACCCAUCCUGAUCCCUGCACCCUCCUCCCAUACCCUAUUUAAUUAUGAAUAUGCGUGGCCCAUGUGCUGGAACACACGAAAUGAAAACACACACACAACAAUUUUUAGUUCAAUUGAAAUUUGUAUAUUUGCUAACGGAAUUACAAUGUAAACAACAAAUAUGAGAAAAAUGAAAUGAAAUCUAUGUAAACCAAAUUGUAGUGAAAUUAUUGUUUUCAUUUUGUUUACUUCUUUUGUUUGGUUUUUGGUUUUUUCUUAUUUAGAAAAUAGGAGAUUGUGCUUUUGAAAUUUGAAAGAUCGAUCAGUUAUCGAUAAGGAUCAGUCUUCGUUUUGCUGGAAAGUCCAUCCUUAGAGCAGUGGCGCCACUAACUACUCAGUUGCUGGUUCUUGGAACUAGUCACGUAAAUGUGCCUAGCAAAAUCAUGCCUUUCUUUGUAAUUUGUUCAAACUAUGGCUUUAGAGAAGCGUUGCAAGAGAGAGAGAAGCAAUCGCAAUUACAAAAAUACAAUUCCACACAUGUAUUUAUCAUGCAAAUGUAGAUAUUUCCCCAUUUUCCGAUUAGCCGUCUGAUCUUUUGUCAGCUAGCAGUGGUAGUCAGUGAAGCGAACAGAGUGGCAGCACUGGCAGAGGGCCAUGAUCACUUGGCGGUUAUUUCAAACACAUUCGAAUUGAAUAAUUCCCCAAAUAUGCACAGUAAAUCCAAUGUACAUACGCAUCGCAUAUAUGCAUAAAAUUAAUGGCAAUUUCCAAACGAUCCGCUAAAUAUUAUAGAAAGAAAAUGGUUUCAAGAACUUUCGAUCCAUUUAAUUAAAUUAAAAACAAACAUUUAACC